CUGACAACGGCUGAUCAAACAAGAACUUCAUGAUCGAAAUCAGCUAACAAUUUUUUUUUUGAAAAAAUACAUUCUUGAUGAUUGCUGUGAAUAUUAGGUAUGACAUUGGGUAGCAAGAAGAAAAUGAAGAUGAAUUGUUUUAGAUGUUGUGUUUCAAAGGAGGAAAGCUUUCAUAAAAAGACUUUGAAAAAGAGCAAUCAAGAACAUAAAAACAACAAAUCUCUAUCUUCCUUUGAUAAUCUUUCUAUUAGAACUGAUAGCAGCAGAAGGAAGUACAUAGCAGAAGAAAUAGCAAAACUUGGAAAAGGCAAAAUUUCUGCAGAAAUCUUCUCGUACCUGGAGUUGAAGAUUGCCACUCAAAACUUCAACAACGAUCGAUUGCUUGGUGAAGGUGGCUUUGGAAGAGUGUACAAGGGCCACAUUGAAAGCAAGAAUCUAGAUGUUGCUGUGAAGCAGCAUGACAGGAAUGGUUUCCAAGGAACUCGAGAGUUUCUUGUGGAGGUUCUCAUAUUGAGUCUUCUUCAUCACCCUAAUCUUGUCAAUUUGGUUGGAUAUUGUUCAGAUGGUGACCAAAGAAUUUUAGUAUAUGAAUACAUGCCAAAUGGUUCACUAGAAGACCACCUUCUUGAACUUGGUCCAGAUAGAAAACCACUUGAUUGGGAUACAAGGAUGAAAAUUGCAGAAGGAGCAGCAAAAGGACUUGAAUACUUGCAUGAAAAAGCUAAUCCUCCAGUGAUUUACCGUGAUUUUAAAGCAUCUAACAUACUUUUAGAUGAGAACUUCAAUCCAAAGCUCUCUGAUUUUGGACUUGCCAAGUUAUGUCCAACUGGUGAUAACAGUCAUGUGUCCACAAGGGUCAUGGGAACCUAUGGUUAUUGUGCACCAGAGUAUGCUUCCACAGGACAAUUGACCACGAAAUCCGACGUUUAUAGCUUUGGAGUUGUAUUUUUGGAGAUGAUCACAGGAAGAAGAGUCGUUGACACCUCAAAACCAAGUGAAGAACAGAAUCUUGUUCAGUGGGCACAACCAUUGUUCAGAAACAAGAAAAAGUUUCACUUAAUGGUGGAUCCAUUGUUGGAAGGGAACUAUCCAAGGAAGGGACUGUAUCAAGCACUAGCAAUUGCAGCAAUGUGCCUACAAAAUGAAGCCAGUGUUCGUCCGUUGAUCAGUGAUGUAGUCUCUGCUUUGGCGUUUCUAGCAGGGAACAAGAAAAAGGAGAAGGGCGAGGACGAGGAGGAAACUGCAGACACUCCAAAAACCCCAUUGCAAAGUAAUACAGAUAACAUUGGAACUAAUGAAGCUAGUGUUGAUACAUAACAAAACUGAAGCCUUCUAAGCAUAAUCAACACUUUUUUCUUGUGAAGUUUCUGCAGAUUUUGUACAGCGGGUCAAAAAGUUUAGAAGGCUAAUGUAUAUACAAUGCAUAUAGAUGACCAAAAUCAUGUAGCUUUUCAAGUUUAUUCAAAGAUAGUACAUGACUAAAGUUCAAUCUAUCAAUGUUAAAUGGACAACUUACCUAUAUAUGAAAAA